AUGAACAAUCUCUCUUUGUCAUCUUUGAAAAAACUUGACCAUGAAGAUGAACUUCUUCUUACUCUUUCACUUUCACCUACAACACCGAUGGAUAGUACUGCUCCACCCUUUUCAUUGCCUUUAAACUUUGUUAUACCACCGCCUCCGCCAUCGCCACCGCCACCUCCUACUCUUCUAUAUGAUAGUAACGUCAAUAUAGAAGAAAACAUUGCAGAAUCAAAUGUAACCCUAGUUUAUGAUCAGGUGAAUGAACCAUCAGGAGCUCGUAUGAGAGUUGGUUUAACAGCACGAACGCGAAGAAAAUCUACACCAUCUCUUAAAGAAGGAGAGAGUGAAACAAUCACUCCACCAUAUCCUUGGGCAACUUCGAAACGUGCCAUAGUACACACUCUCGAUUAUCUUAUAUCGAAUGGUAUUACUGUUAUAUCGGGUGAAGUUCAAUGCAAGAAAUGCGAACAACAAUAUCAAAUACAAUACGAUUUGCAAGAAAAAUUCAAAGAGAUAGCUACAUUCAUAUUAAAAACUAAGAGUGUUAUGCGUGAUAGGGCACCUAUUAUUUGGAUGAACCCUAAUCUUCCAAAUUGCAAAUAUUGCAACCAAAACAAUUGUGUUAAGCCAAUUAUAUCCGAGAGAAGGUCGUCAAUAAAUUGGCUAUUUUUGCUAUUAGGGAAAAUGAUUGGAUGUUGCAAACUUGAUGCAUUGAAAUAUUUUUGUAUGCAUACAAAGAAUCAUAGAACAGGUGCUAAAGAUCGACUUGUUUAUCUUACAUAUUUGGAGCUAUGUAAGCAAUUGGAUCCAGAAGGACCCUUUGAUCGAUAA